AUGGUCGUCGUCAUCAAUGAGAGCAAGAUAUCCUUCAUGGAUUUGAUAGUACCGAAGUACCCUGAUAUUGGCCUCAAAGAGAGCCUUGGCAAGGGCGUCCCGCCGGUUAGGGCCGGGGCCGCCUUGAGAAAUGACUUUAACCUUAAUAAUUUUAACAUGAGUGAGGCCAAGAUUACACAUCACAAUCUGCUGGGUGGGGAGGGGCCUCUGCCCGGCCACCUUCCCGUCGUACCAGCUGCUUACGCCCACAGAAGUCUGGAGCCGAGGGGCUGCAGCGUGGAGACGGCAGAGCCAUCGUGGAAGAAAAUGGAAAAAUUCACCACCAAAAAACUCCAAAAAAUUUUUGAGACUGACAGCCUCGAGUCCUCCACCAGAUCAGCCUCCCAGGUUAACGACGCCAGCGACAUCUCGGAAAUUUUCGACGGAAUCGAGUACAGCAAAGGGGCUUCUAUUAUCCGUAUGAUGAUAUAUUUUUUGGGCGAAUACACCUUCCGGAGGGGACUCAGCAGUUACCUCAACGCCUUCGCAUACAGCAAUGCAGAGCAGGACGACCUUUGGGAACACCUGACAGCCGCUGCUCACCGUGACCGAAAGCUUCCCGAGAACUUAACUGUGAAGACGAUCAUGGACACGUGGACGCUGCAGAAGGGCUUCCCCGUCAUCAAGGUAACGAGGAGUUCGGAUGGUACCUCCGCCGACGUCUCUCAGGAACAUUUUUUGUUGGUGAAGGAGGAAAAGUCGUGUCGGACCCAAGACUUACGAUGGUGGGUUCCUCUCAGCUACACGUCGCAGGGCGAGGCCAACUUCGACCAGACAGAAGCUGUUGGCUGGAUGAAGGACUCCGAUCAGAGAAUUGCACUCACGUCACUGCCUCCGAAGGACCAAUGGGUCAUCUUCAACCUGCAGCAGACGGGCUACUACAGAGUCAACUACGACGACCACAACUGGAACCUCCUCGUCCAACAGCUGAAGGACGACCACGAAGUUAUCCACGUCGUCAACCGAGCGCAGAUCAUUGACGAUGCCAUGAAUCUUGCUAGAGCCGGUCAGUUAAGCUACACUACAGCCUUGGAUGUCUUCACUUACCUGGGAAAGGAAAGGGAACACCUGCCGUGGAUGUCUGGUGUGUCGAACCUCAACUAUGUGAUGCUCAUGUUCAAGCGGACACAUGCUUUUCCUGCUCUUAAGCGUUAUAUUCUGGACUUGAUAUUGCCUGCCCUCGUAUCGAAUUGCCUUGGCGGCUCAUCGCGCGAUCGCCGCUCGGAGGGUGUGUACAAAACUAUCGCUGGGCUGGCGUGCCGUCUGGGUCAUCCAGACUGUCGGAAUGAGGCGCUGCGUCUUUUUCGCCAGUGGAUGAGGCACCCCGAGAACAGAACUAUCAUCUCUCCAAACCUUCGGUCAGAGCUGAUGUGCACGGGCGUAAAGGCAGGCGGCGAAAAGGAAUGGAACUUCGUCUGGAACGAGUACCUGAAUUCCAACGCUUCGCAGGAGAAAAUAAGCUUCCUCGCCUCUCUAGGAUGCAGUAGAAAUGUCACCAUUUUGUCGAGGUAAGUUUGGCUCGAGUGGAACAGUUUAUAGUAAAA